AAAAAUUGCCGAGAGUCGGAGCCGAUUUGUCGUGUGCGCUCCCGCUCCAUGAUCCAGUUUGCAAUUUGCCAGUUCGAGUUAAUAUGGUAGCCACGGUCAAGACGGGCGUCCUCUUCAAGAAGGGCUCGGGCAUCGGCCUCUUCAGUCGGAAGAACUGGAAGCCGCGCUACUUUGAACUCACGUCGAGCCACCUCAGCUACUACGACGAGCAGGGCGGGAAGCUCAAGGGUGCGCUGCCCCUCGCGUCGCUGGCAGCACAUGACAUUGAAAUCAUGCCCUGCGACGGCCGCAAGACGGGCAAAUCGGCCUCGACCAACUGGCGCAUCUGCCUCAACACCAACGGCCGCCGCUUCUUCUUCGCGGCCGCGACCGAAGACGAAAUGUACGAGUGGGUCCAGGCCCUCUUGUUCGUCAUUGCGACGUGCAAGACGCACAAGAUGCAAACGUGUGCCAGCGGCCUCUCAUCCCAGAUCCACCCACUCCAUGGCCGCGUCUCCCACGCCAAAACAGCUCCGAUCGGAGGAGCGCUCUACUAGAGACAUCGCGCGACCUCUCUAUGUCUGUGACGUCUAUUUAUCCUUAAGUCAACACAAUCGAACGUAUUUAACUCUCUA